AUGGACUCCUCUACCAUGGACGUCGAUGAAACUAUCAUGGCAGCGCUUGAUACGCCCACAUACGACGACGAUAACGACCCUUUGGUACGCUACAAUGCUGAAAUCAACAGCAAGAUACUUGUAGCCCUUUGCCUCUGGGAGGGUGUCCUCACACUCCCCUGGGAGGUUCGGAGUCGCAUCGCAGGAACGGUGCUUCGUAUCAUAUUCGAUGUAGUUUCAGGAUACCCGGGCUCCUUGAUCUCCCCAUCCCUCCUUUCCGACUUCGAAAUGCAAAUGAUACCUGAGCGGUUCCGCCCUAUACUCGUUCAAACGCUGUAUGAAGCCUGGCAGGCUAGGGAUUUCAAAAGACUUCGAAAUUUGGAGUUUCUACGUGAACCGGAGGUCCCAGCAACUCCAGACAAACGCGAAACUCUCCUACACGAAUCUUUCAACUUGCCAUAUAUCGGAAAUGUCCCCGAGCAUCUUCUCUCCGUCAUAGACUCAAUGAGGAACAAUGAGCAGUCCUAUGCUCCUAUUCUGCCCAUGAUUCAAUCAUCCGGCAUGGGGAAGACAAGGGCGCUUUACGAGAUCGGCAAGAAACGGAUCGUAAUCCACUGCUGCUUUAGAGAGAAUGACUCUAGUGUCUUUAUGUCUUAUCCUCCUCCUGAUGUCGCCUUGCGCGACUACCUAUUGAAAGCACCGAGUCCACAGGACAAUGAGGGUUCUUGCAAAGCGUAUAUUCAAGCAAUAUUUUACGCCCUUUUUAAAUCUGUCCUAGCGGUGAUCGAUCUGGUCAAGAGAGAUAAUGACAUCAGCCAUAGAGAUGUUAUGCGUUACUUUCGGCGCUCUGGUUCUUCCAACAACUCUCCCGUUCCCCUCGGAGACACUCAGGACAUCACUCAGACAGCGUACCUUGCCAUCCAGAACCACUUCAAAAUUUUGUUCGAUACUCCUCAUGAACGACGUGCCUUCUACGACCACGUCAUUUUCAAAAUCCUCGAUAUGCCUUUGCCCAACACGAAUCAGCUGACUGAGACUGCUCGCGAAAUGUUUGAAGCUGUCGAGCUACAUAAGGAUCAUUUCCCCGUUAUUUUGGCACUUGACGAAGUCCAUGUUUUGUUCAACGACAAAAGGGGUUCGACCCAACACUCAAUCUACUCGCGUUUGAAGUCCGUCCUAGCUGAUCUUGGCCAACGCAUCGGCACAGUGGUGCUUUCGACAGCCACCUUCAUCCCCCUCGUUGCACCAUCAAAGGAGAUUGCACCAUCCGCUCGAGAACGGGCUGGUGACCUUUUUCUUCCGGCGCCCUACACAGAGUUGUCAUUUGAUGUGCACUGUCGCUCGCACCCCCUGUCCAAAAAUCUCUCCUUGAAUGACAUCGGUACACUGAAGCAAGUCUCAAUAUUCGGGCGCCCUCUUUGGCAAAGUAUGGUCAAUUCUCAUUUCAGCAUGGAGCUACCUGGCGAGGCCGUGCAAUUGAUCCUCAACACAGUGAUCAGUAAAUUGACUGGACAGCAGUUCAAUACAUCGCUCCCGGAUGGAAUGAAUGCGCCUGCACUUGCCGUCCUCUGCACCCGAAUAUUGCUUGAUCUCUCCCCGGGUAUUUCUACCGCGCAGAAUUUCGUAUUGGAACUCAUCCGCUCUCAUCUCCGCGUCGUCUACUCUAUACAGGAGGACCGUGAAGUAAUCAUCUCAGGCUCGUCUUCCGAACCCCUCGUCGCAGAGGCUGCUGCAAUCGUUAUGAACUCAGACCGGUCGGCCAGCAAGCCCAUGGCGGUCUGGCGCAUCCUGGCUCAAUAUGUUACCCAAGGGUUGAUGGGGCAGGGCGAUGCUGGAGAGUUACUUGGUCGCACAAUUAGUAUCAUGGCCAUGGAUCGGGCGAUCUCUAGUUGUCCAACAUGGGCAGAAUUGAAGUAUCAGACGCCCAUCGAGGUCAACAAGUACUUCCACGCUCUCCUUACGCACGAACAAUGGGAGGCACUGAGAAUUUCUGUUCCUGCCAACUUUUCGAUGCUCGGACAAGCAGACAGUGCCCGGUCGUUUGAGGACGCAUUCCGAGGCGCCUACGUCCACUUUUCUCAUUACUCCAGGGCGAGGGAUAGCUCUCCGCUGAAUAUCAACUACCUAUGGGCCUUGUGGAUUCGCGGCGUUGCCAUUCAAUGUCACCCCACACAGGAGUUCACCGACCGGGUUCUUCCAAUCUACUUCUCAUCGCGAGGCACGAUCCAGCCUGCCUCGAUGUCGUGUAUCCUGGAACAAGACAAGACCAGCCCAAAGCUCACCCCUUCAAGCGUUGCAACGCAGUCUGCCCAGGAGCUGAAAAUCUUCAACGGCGGGACACAGCUGCCUUACAUUACCGUCCUUAACUGCUAUGCCGGCUCAUCACUCGCGGGUCAACCGCCGAGGUAUCCACAGCCCCGUGCUACGAGACACCCAAACCAAAAUGAGGAGGCCCCUCGUUAUGAAAUCGUUUUACAUUCCUUGGAUGCGUAUAUAGGCCUGGGUGCUCAUAAUGAAAGCAUUUCCGCGAUGAUCAACGGUUCCACAUCGUCCCUCUUCGAACAUCAUCCCCGCAAAACACCAACGGCUCUCUCUCUGUUGCAUGCUUUGCAGCCGUACCUAGACGACGAUCCCUCGACCACCCAAUGGUUCGGGCACUAA